AUGUCUGACGGGAACACGACGCCCAGCACAGGUCACGAGACCGUUCUGGCGGGAGUGAAACGUCCUAGAGACGAAAUGGAAAACGGCCCGGAAGCGGCAUUGAAAGAAGAAAACAUUGAUUCGACCCAGGCAGCGCUAACUAGCGAAGGGCCUGUGGAGGAGGACGAAGAGCACAAUUUCGAGACCAAGCAAGAGGACGGCGACGAGGAUGGCGAAAGCGCGCAGCAGGAAUUGGAAAACGCUGACGAAGACAAUGACGAGAACGGAAACGACAACGAAAAUGAAAAUGACGAAGAAGACGAAGACGAAGACGAAGACGAAGAUGACGACGACGACGUGUCGUGCAGAAAAAGAAGACGGGCCAACCAGUUCCUUGAUAUCGAGGCCGAAGUCGACGACGAGGAGGAAGACGAGCUUGAUGAAGACGACGAGGAGGCCGAAUUGUUGAGAGAGCAAUUUAUAUCCGACGACCAUGCGGAAAAGGAAACAGGCGGCCACAGCUUAGAGGACGACAGGCUCCACAGACAGUACGACCAGCGGCGGCAGCAGGCGGAGGACCAGGACGCCGAAGAGUUGGCGGAAACGUUGAAGCAGAGAUACAGAAAGACCCACACUGUUUAUCGAGGCGAAACCACCGCCAGCGGCACGGUGUCGCAGAAGUUGUUGAUGCCAUCGAUCAACGACCCGGCCAUCUUCGCCAUCCGGUGCACACCGGGCCGCGAGAAGGAUUUGGUGCGGCGUCUUUACGAAAAGAAGCGCACUUUGGCCCGCCUGGGCAAACCGCUUGAGGUGUUGUCUGUUUUCCAGCGUGACGCGUUCAAGGGCUACAUCUACAUGGAGGCCAAGAAGCCUGAGGCCAUUGAGCGGGCGUUGAACGGUAUGGUGAACAUAUACGCCAAGCAGCGUAUUAUUGUUCCCGUGAGCGAGUAUCCAGACUUGCUCAAGCAGGUGAAAUCGUCCGACGUGGAAAUCGUGCCGGGGAUCUAUGUGCGCAUCACGCGGGGCAAGUACAAGGGCGACUUGGCGGUGGUGGACAACUUGUCGGAAAACGGCUUGGAAGUGCGGUGCAAAGUGGUGCCGCGCUUGGACUACGGCAAAAACGACGACUUCACGCCUGAGGGAAAGCGCAUCCGGCUGAAGGUGCGUCCUGUUCCGCGUCUCUUCAGCGAGCAAGAGGCCCGCAUGUAUGAUGGCGACUACUUGCAGCCCGGAAGAGGCCCUCGAAGCUACAUUUACCGCGGCGACGAGUACAUCGAGGGGUUCUUGUACAAGGACUUCAAGUUGCAGUUCAUCCAGACCAAAGACGUGCAUCCGACGUUGGAGGAGUUGGACCGGUUCCAGACAGGAAACACGGAGGAAGACGGAAUGGAUCUUGCUGCGGUGGCGGCGUCUUUGAAGAGCUCGCGCAACCACGAGGGCGGCCGUGCGUCGGCGUUCCAGCCGGGCGACAAGGUGGAGGUGCGUCGCGGCGAGCAGGCGAAAACCAUUGGUGUGGUGAUGGGUGUGUCUCUAAAUGAAGUGACCAUGCGUGUGACGGAGUCGGCCGACCCGCAGUUUGUGGGCCAAGAGGUCACGGUGACUACGCUGGACUUGCGCAAGGUGUUUUCACCGGGAGACCACGUCAAGGUGGUCGAGGGAAAGCACGCGGACCAGACCGGUUUGGUGAUCAAGAUCGACGGUGACUCGGUGGUGUUAUUGAGUGACCAGAGCAAAGAGGAUGUGCGUGUCUUUGCCAACUACCUCAUCAAGGCCACAGACACGCUGUCGAGCGCAGACAUGGCCAACGGGCAAUACGGAAUCAAGGACUUGGUGCAGCUCAAUGCCCAGACGGUUGGUGUGAUUGUGCAGGCGGACAAGGGCUUGUUUGGCGUUUUGACCCAGGACGGGCGCGUGGUGUCGGUGAAGCCGACCGGUAUAGCUGCCAAGCUCCGCAUGACACGGCGUGAGCAGGUGGCCACCGAUCGCCACGGUCUUCCGAUCCGCGUGGGCGACACUGUGCGUGAAAGCGGCGAUGCCAAGAAGGAAGGUGUGAUUGUGCACAUCCACAAGAACACGCUUUUCAUCGAGUCGCACGAGCUCCAGGAGAAUUUGGGUCUUUUCGUGCUGAGCGCGUUGAACGUGAGCACCAUUGCCACCAAGAACCUGAUGGUGUCGCGGACGUUGGGCCCUGACUUGAGCCGCAUGAACCCAAACAUCAAGGCGGCGCCAGUGCCUACGGCGGGCGUGACACGUGCGGGCGGCCGUGACAAGUUGCUUUACAAGGAUGUUGUGGUGAACAACGGCAACUACAAGGGUCUUAUGGGAAAGGUGGUUGAGACCGACGACACGGAUGCGCGGAUCGAGUUGCACACCAAGGCGAAGAAGAUCAAGGUGAACAAGACGAAAUUGAGCGUGAUGGUGCGCGGCGAGUCCGUGCCAUACUUGCGGUUCAUUGGCGCGCAGGACACGAGGCCGGUGGGCGGCAGCGGGCCGGCGUUUGCGUCGGGCGCCCGGUCCGCUUGGGGCGGCGCAACUCCAGCGGCGGGCGGUGCCACGCCGGCGGUUGGCGGUGCGUCUGCGUGGGGCGGCAAAACUCCUGCUGCUGGAGGAGCCUCUACUUGGGGCGGCGGCGGCGGCGCCUCGGCCUGGGGCGGCUCUUCGGCCUGGGGCAACAACAAGGGCGGCUCGUCCGCGUGGGGCAACAAAGGCGGCUCAUCUUCAUGGGGCAGCAGCGGUGGCUCUUCUGCAUGGGGAAACAAGGGCGGUUCCUCCUCUUGGGGCGACAAGGGCGGCUCGUCGUCGUGGGGAAAUAAGGGCAACAGCUCGUCGUGGGGAAACAAAGGUGGCUCUUCUGCUUGGGGCGACAAGGGAAACAAUUCCUCAUGGGGAGACAAAGGAAACAAUUCCUCGUGGGGAGACAAAGGAAACAAUUCCUCGUGGGGCAACAAGCUGGGCAACAACUCUGCGUGGGGCAAGUCCGGUGGCUCCUCGGCCUGGGGCAACCAGGAUUCUAAAGGUGACUCUUCAGCAUGGGGAAACUCCUCGAACAAGGGCUCCUCUUGGGGUAACGAUGGCGGCUCGUCCGCAUGGGGUAACAAGUAG